AUGCAAGCCAAUACCAUAUCACCGGAAGAUGACCAUCAUACAAAGGAGGGCCAGUCUAUUGAAUACUGGACGCAAUACAUUCGUUCUGUCAUGGUUCCCUUGCUCCAGGCGGCCGGAUCAUACUCCCCAGCUGAUCAGGAAAGUCAUCUUCAAUUCAUGGACGAACUCGCUGCACCAAACUUAGGGCCCUUGCCGACGGAGCCGCAUGCUCCUUAUACACCACCAGCAUCUGUCGUCGGAUCACCAUUCGAUCCCAGCAUUAAUAUGGCCGCAUCGGGGAAAGCAAAGGUCCGCUUCGACUUUGACAUUGUGGGACCAGCGCAGCGAGCCGGACCCGAUCCUUUCGCGGAAUAUGCCGCACGGGAAACCGCACUUCAAAUUGCGUCCAAAACAGGGAGCGACACACGAUGGAUGAAGAGCCUUAUCGAAGCUCUGUUCCUCUCACCGGAGGAAACUCAGGUUGCUGUGGCCAACAUGCCUGCCAAUAUCUCCGUUCCACCGCUCUCGAUAGGAUUUGACUUCGAUGGCAGCCAGCGUACAAUGAAAUGUUACAUCCCGGCCGUUCGAAAGUCUAUGGCCACUGGUUUACCAUCAAAGGAUCUCUUUUUCGGGGCGCUGAGACGCCUGGAACCCAUGGGUGCGCGGUUGGCGCCGGGUCUGGAUCUUCUUGAAGACUACCUGACGACGACCCCAAAUGAUGUCCGGCUAAUGUUAUUGGGCUUCGAUUGCCUGGACCCAAUUAUUCAUCCGGAAACCCGAGUGAAAUGCUAUCUCCAUACACGCAGCAAUGCCUUUGACGUGUUGCGGGAUGUGAUGACGCUGGGUGGGCGUUUGGACGACCAGACAGCGCGUACGCGUCUUGAGACCCUUCGGACAAUCUGGUCUAUUCUACGAAACGAACCUGAUGACACACAGAUGGAUGAAAGCUGGUCUAAGCCUGAUCGUGUCGACUCGACUGGCUACUCUGGCUUGCUUAUUACUGUUGAGAUUUCUCCUGGUGAGGCCUUCCCCGACACGAAAGUCUACGUCCCGGUGUUUCAGUACGCAGAGACAACCAGAGAGGUUGAGCUCAAUGUAGAGCGCAUGCUGCAGAAGCUGGGAAACGAAUGGGGCCUUACCGGUCGAUACCGCGAGACAAUGCAAAAGAUCUUUGGACCCGAGGACUACGGACAGACCUAUGUCUCAUUCACGUAUAGCAAGUCCAAAGGAGUAUGCACCACCUCGUAUUUUGCGAAGCCCAUCCACGAAGUAGAUACAAAAAUGGCAGGAGACUUCGGUAUUCGCUUGCAUUAG